AGUGACCGCGGGCCCUUAGGGCCCCGCCCCUGGCCCCGCCCCAAGCGUCCCCAGCGCUGCCGCUGGGCGACACUGCGGCAGGCGGCGGGCGCGUUGCCAUGGCGUCCGGGCGCGCGUAGCCGGCGGUGCCCAGCACGGCCGGGCGAGAGCAGAGGCGGCGGCCAGCUGGGGAGGGGACCUGCUGGGGAGAGAACACAGGGGGAGGGGACCUAAAGGGACACGCGGACGCAGCCGGAGACCCAGCCUGCCCCGCAGGCCCCUACAGAACGCGCACCAUGCAGGCCAUGGACCCUGCCGCGGCAGGCUUCUACGAGGAGGAUGUCAAGGACCUAGACUUCUACGACUUUGAACCGCUCCCCACGCUGCCGGAAGACGAGGAGAACGUGUCCCUGGCUGACAUCCUCUCCCUGCGGGACAGUGGUCUCAGCGAACAGGAGGCCUGGGCUGUAUGCCUGGAAUGCAGCCUGUCCAUGCAAAGCGUUGCCCACUCUGCCAUCUUCCAGACCCUGUGCAUCACACCCGACACUCUGGCCUUCAACACCAGCGGAAAUGUGUGCUUCAUGGAGCAGCUCAGCGAUGACCCUGAGGGUGCCUUUGUCCCUCCAGAGUUUGACCUGACUGGGAACACCUUCGAGGCUCAUAUCUACUCUCUGGGGGCCACACUGAAGGCUGCCCUCGAGUAUGUGACAGAGCCUGAGCUGGAACCCAAGCUAAGCCUGGACCUGGAGACACUACUGGGCCAGAUGCAGGCAGAGGAUCCCAGAGACCGGCCAGAUCUGAAGAGCAUCAUAGCACUGUGUGAGGAGAAGAUGAAGCCUAUGUCCUCAUGCCGCCUGUGCCGGAGUCUCUCAGCCAUCGGCAGGAGGGUGCUAUCCAUCGAGUCCUUUGGAGCAUUUCAGGACAUCAGCGAGAACACCUGGAAGGGGAGAUAUGCUCCAAGAAGUGUGGGGCCCAAGAGAUCCCCUGGAGACCUCUGCGCUGACCCAGAGGCCCUGUCCACUUCUGAGAGCCAGACCCAGCCUCCUGCCCCCAGGGACCCAGAGCAGGAGGCCAACCCAGGCCCCAGGCCCCCACCCACUAAGCCACUGCUAUCAGCCCCCAUGAAAAAUGGCGAGAACCCCAGCGGGGAGGGGCUGGCCAGCCUUGUUCUGGACACCACAUCACUCCUUGGUGAGCCAGGCAGAGACAUCCUGAAGAGGAACCGCCUGAGGAAGGUGCAGACGUUCCCCAGGCUGCUGUCUGAGGGCCCUGAGGCCAGUGCCCUCUGCCUGUCACUGACGAGCUCAAAAAACCAGCUAACUCUAUCUGACUUCUUCUCCCCGGAUCCCAGGAAGUUCCUUCUAGAGGGGAAAAAUGGCCUUUCAAGCUUCAGGGCACAGUCCAAAAGCAGACUGUGUCCUGAGAGGGAACUGAGACUCCAGCGGGAGGAGGCACUGGGAUCCAGCCACAACAUAGACAGAGGGCCAGGGACCUUGGGACAACAUGACACUUCAUCCACUGACCAGGGGCCUGCAGAGAACACACCCUCGCCCCACCCUGCAGACCUUCAAGAUGCAGGCCACGAAACCUGGACUCCUGAAGACACCAGGGGGAUUCUGGAGGAAGGCAGGAAGACAGGAAGCACUGCAUCAGAGCAGUGCCUGUCCCUUCAGGACCUCCUGUCCAAGCUGGGCCGACCUUUCAGGGAAUACGAGCUCUGGGCCCUGUGCCUUGCCUGCCUCAGUGCACUUCAGAAGCACACAGAGCAUCCAGCCUGCCUGUGCCUGGACAACGUGCUGGUGGCUGAGGAUGGAACUGUGCUCUUCGGGCCACCCCCUGCCAACGGCUCCUACAACUCCUUCUUUCUGGCUCCCGAGGUGGCAGAGGAAAAGUUGGUGACAGAAAAGGCCUCAGUCUACUGUGUGGCCGCUGUCCUGUGGACAGCAGCCAAGUUCAGCGUCCCUCGUGACCAAAAGCUGGCCCUACCACGCAGGCUAAAGACUCUCCUCCUGGACAUGGCCAGGCGCUGUGCUCCAGAACGGCCAUCUGCAGCUGAGGCCAUCACGGUCUGUGGGAGCUACCUUCUCCAGCGGGGCAUGGAUAGCAGAAAGAUUCUAGCCCACCUGCGGGUGUCCACCUGCAAGGUUCACCAGGAGGAAGAGACCAUCGGUCUCCAAAAUGCCUUCUCAGUGGUUGAACUGAAACCCUGCACAGCACCUGCUCCCAAGCCCAGCCCAGGCUUCCUGCCAAUCGGUACUGACACCAGACUCACGGUCAUGCCAGCACCUGUGCCCAGCCCACCUUCCUGCUGCGAAGGAGCCAGAGAACUGCCUUCAGCCUUCACCUCUGAAGCCACUCACUUUAAGCCCAUCAUCCUUGCUAAAGACACAGGUGUGCCCAGGGAUCAGCUUGCUUUGUCUUUAGGGUCAACUAAGAAGCUGGAGGAGACAAGUGAGCAGUUGGGUGGGAAGGAUGAAGGGAGCAAGGCAUCCCAGGACCUCUCUGGGGCCACAAGCCUAAAGACACCUGGCCAGCUGGCACCCAGUCCAGAGCUACAGGGAGAAUCCCUGGAAUCUGUCACGGAGUCAAUGCCACACAGCUUGGCCCAGGAAUGCUCCUGUCAACCAGACCCUGAACCAGCCAACCCACAGGAAGGGGCCACACCAGUGAUACCCAUCUCUUCUGCCCCUGCCCCACCCCAUAAGGUACUGGCAUUGCCUCCUGAACAAGGGCAGGAUGGGCAGGUUCCACCUGCAACCACUCUGCCUCUAAGGCCCACCUCAGCCAACCAAGGCCCACAUCACCCAUGCAAGCCACCCAGAAACAACAAGGCUGCCGAGCCUGAAGGUCCUCAGCCAGUGACAUGGGGCCCAAUGCUGGCUGCAGUAAGUCCAGGCAGCCCUAGGAGUCCAGACAGUCACCCUGAAAGAGCCCGGCCAGCAGAUCGCAAGCUGUGUCCAUCCAGUGUGGACGUUUCAUCCCCCUCGCAGAAGACAGCCUCUCCCUCCCUGCAGGAGGCCAUGCGCCUCAUCCAGGAGGAGUUUGCCUUCGAUGGCUACCUGGACAACGGGCUGGAGGCUCUAAUUAUGGGGGAAUAUAUUUACGCCUUGAAAGACCUCACCUUUGCCACUUUCUGUGGUGCCAUAUCUGAGAAGUUCUGUGACCUAUACUGGAAUGAACAGUUGCUACAGAAUCUCUUCAAAGUGGUCAACGGACCAUCCUCUCCCUCUGAGAGCGCUUCUGAGGACACAGGGUCUCAGCUCCAGAGUUCUCCAGGCAGCUGUGCAACCUCCAGCAAAAGACCUUCAUUGCAUGGACUAGGCAAAGAAAAACCAGCUGCAGCCCGGGGCAAUGGAGGCCCGUGCUCGCCCACCACACUGUCAGACAUAGACUCGGACACACUCUCACAAGGAAACCUGGAGGUGGGAUUUCGGCCUCAGAAAUCAAUAAAAGCCACACGAGAGCAGCAGCCCGAAGCAGGUGUAGAUGGACAAGGCCUGGGCCUGGAACCAGCCACCAGGACCUCAGACAAAGACACUAUGGGCCAGCUGGGCAGGCCCAAAGACGGCACCCAGGCAGUGUCUCUGGGCCCAGCUGAGUUCCAGAGCUGCAGCCCUGGAUGGUCCAGUGCCUUCUACGAGGCUGACUGCUUCGGGGCUGACGUCUACAACUAUGUGAGAGAUCUGGGGAGACAAAAGGCUGGUGGGCACCCAGAGCCCGAAGCCCAGAGCCCGGAGCUGGAGCAGCAGCUCAUAAUAGAGAAAAGAAACUAUAGAAAGACCCUGAAGUUCUACCAGAAACUUUUACAAAAGGAAAAACGCAACAAAGGCUCUGAUGUGAAGACCAUGUUGUCCAAGCUGAGAGGGCAACUGGAGGAGAUGAAGUCCAAAGUGCAAUUCCUCAGCCUGGUCAAGAAGUACCUGCAGGUCACGUACGCAGAGCGCUGGGGCCUGGAACCCUGCGCCCUACCGGUGAUUGUGAACAUCGCAGCAGCCCCCUGUGACACCCUAGACUUCAGCCCGCUGGAUGAGUCUUCCUCCCUCAUCUUCUACAAUGUCAACAAGCACCCAUGUGGGGGCCGGCAGAAGAAGGCUCGCGUCCUACAAGCUGGCACUCCACUGGGACUCAUGGCCUACCUCUACUCCAGUGACGCCUUCCUUGAGGGCUAUGUCCAGCAGUUCCUGUACACCUUCCGAUACUUCUGCACACCGCACGACUUCCUGCACUUCCUCCUAGACCGUAUUAGCAGCACUCUGUCCAGGGCCCACCAGGACCCCACCUCAACCUUCACCAAGAUCUACAGGCGAAGCCUUUGCGUCCUACAGGCCUGGGUGGAAGACUGCUACACUGUGGACUUCACAAGGAAUGCAGGGCUGCUGGAGCGCCUCGAAGACUUUAUCUCUUCCAAGAUUCUGCCCCUGGACGGCUCUGCUGAGCACCUGCUAGGCCUCCUGGAGGUGGGCACUGACCGGCGGGCUGAUGGCACCACUAGAGGCACAGACCUGGAGGACCCCAAGGAGGCUGAGGAGGAUACCAGACCCUUUAAUGCCCUCUGCAAGAGGUUCUCAGAAGAUGGCAUCUCCCGAAAGAGCUUCCCCUGGAGGCUGCCCCGGGGCAAUGGGCUGGCACUGCCCCACCACAAGGAGCGCCAGUACACCAUCGCAUCUGCCCUGCCCAAACCCUGCUUCUUUGAAGACUUCUACGGCCCCUAUGCCAAAGCCAACGAGAAGGGGCCCUAUUUUCUGACUGAGUACAGCACACAUCAACUCUUCACUCAGCUGACACUGCUGCAGCAGGAAUUAUUCCAAAAGUGCCAUCCUGUACACUUCCUAAAUUCACGGGCCCUGGGUGUCAUGGACAAAAGCACAGCCAUUCCUAAAACCAGCUCUUCGGAGUCUCUGUCUGCCAAAACUUGUAGCCUGUUUCUACCCAAUUACGUCCAGGACAAGUACCUGUUACAGCUUUUAAGAAAUGCAGAUGAUGUCAGUACCUGGGUGGCUGCUGAAAUAGUGACCAGCCAUACCUCCAAGUUGCAGGUGAACUUGCUCUCCAAGUUUCUGCUCAUUGCAAAGUCUUGUUAUGAACAGAGGAACUUUGCGACAGCCAUGCAAAUCCUGAGCGGACUGGAGCACUUGGCCGUGAGGCAGUCCCCUGCCUGGAGAAUCCUGCCCGCAAAGAUUGCAGAGGUCAUGGAGGAACUCAAAGCUGUGGAGGUAUUCCUGAAGAGCGACAGCCUGUGUCUGAUGGAAGGACGGCGCUUCAGGGCCCAGCCUACCCUGCCCUCUGCCCACCUCCUGGCAAUGCACAUUCAGCAGCUCGAGACUGGCGGCUUCACCAUGACCAACGGAGCCCAUAGAUGGAGCAAGCUCAGAAACAUAGCCAAGGUGGUGAGCCAGGUCCACGCGUUCCAAGAGAACCCCUAUACGUUCAGUCCUGACCCCAAGCUGCAGGCACACCUUAAGCAAAGGAUCGCACGUUUCAGCGGAGCUGACAUUUCCAUCUUAGCGGCGGACAACAGGGCCAACUUCCACCAGAUCCCAAGUGAGAAGCAUUCUCGGAAGAUUCAGGACAAACUGCGGAGGAUGAAGGCCACAUUCCAGUAGCUGAGGAUGCAACUGACUGUGUGAGUCCAGUGGGAACCAGACCUGCAGGAGGCAGCUGGGAGCAAGGAGCCACUUAAGGGCCACCUGCUUGAGGUCGCUGUGCACCCAGAGCCCUGAAGGAUGUAGGUUUCCGCCACCCCCCACUUCCCAGGUCAAGAGGUGGAGUCUCAGAGUGACUCACUCAUGGCCACUCCACAAGGAGGCCAGCUCCAACACAGAUCCAGAACCCAGCACUGGCCCCUUCCAGGACAUGAGGCAGGGUGGGCACAAGAAUGCAUUGAUCUUGUUUCUGCAAGAAUUUAAAAAUCGUUUUAAAAUGAAAAAAGAAAGCCAAGUGUGGUAACAUAAGUCUGUAAUCCCAGCACUCAGAGGCUGAGACAGGAGAAACUGUGUGUUCAAGGCUGGCCUAAACUACAUAGUGAGUUUGUCUUGUCUCAAAAGAAGAAAAGAAGAAGAAGAAGAAAAUAGAAUAAGUAAACUUCCCCCAGAGUUUUUUUUUUUUUUACCUGUAUCUCUUAGAUGAGUGACUUUCAUUCUGUCCUUCAGUGAUCCUUGCAAAAAGAAGAAAAAGAAAGGAAAAAACCCCCACCCAUUCACCUUUGACUAAACAGAUACCAAACUUAGCUGCUUGCUAAGCAGUAUUUCCAUGUUUGCUUAAAAGAAAGGACCAAAAAACUCAGUGCUGAAUCCACGGGCUCCAGGGCCCUAAAACCUUCCAACAAGGCCCAAAGCUUCCAUACAAACUGGGCCUGCUGGGUUCACACUCCCACCCACCCUAUCCUCCCUCCACCAUCCCACACCCCCAGCUGCCAAGCCAGUUAGGGAAAGCAGCCUCGGUCCCAGCCAGGGUUACUGCUGUGGCGGCUGCUCCUUCCUGUGCCUUCCCCUCAUCCCUGCUUAGGAGAGCCACAGUGAUCCAGGGGCUCUGCAAAGGCUCCACUCCCUAGAAAAGGGCACUAGACAUCGAUGAGCAGGGACGCCACCCAUGGACCCUGAGAGUGUCGCUCUAUCUGCCCUGUGGCCCAGGGAACACAGGGCUGCCUCCCUGUGUUAGCAGCCACGCAUGCACACUCCUUAUCCACUGUGUUCCCUUGGCUGUGCACUGCCACUAGCGCUCUGUCAGACCAGGAUGUAAGUCUGCCACCUCGAUUGUACCAAGCCCUUCCCUGAGUUCUGGACUCCAACAGCCGAUAUUAAAAGUGGCUCAGUGAGUAGGGAGCCUCUGUGGCCAGGGGCCUGGGAAUAAGACAGCCAGAGUGUGGUGAGUCAUGUAGACUCGGCUGGUCAGAUCCCCACACUAGCACCAGACCUCUCAGCUGCCUGGUGCCAUGCUGGGUAUUUCCUGCCACCACCCAAGGUUGUUCUAUGUUUUAGAGUUAAUGAUUCCUUAGUGAACCAGCUAGUCAUAUUUCUAGGAAGGCUGUGACUUGUGACAAAACGUUGACUUUUUAAUGCCAAGGUAUAUUCUCCCACAUAUACUCAUUGAGGGGCACCAGACCCUGCUUACAUGGACAUAAAGAGGAACUCAUCUCCACCAUGCACAUAUGCCUCCCUGUUUUCAGGCUUUUCUAUGAGGAUUAUGUUCUGCUGAUCAAUGUUUAUGUUUCCAGAUUUUAUAUUUCACACAGAUGGCAUCCAGCACCAAUCAGCAUUUCAAUGGCAACAACUUUUCAUGGGAAAGUGACCAGGCUUUGGCUUCAGCACUGUUUGCAUGGCACCCUGAUGUCACAUGGUACAGAUUUCUAAAUAAAAUCAUUUCUACCAAGCCA